AUGCCUGGCAUGGAUGCUGAGUUCAUAAGUGGAGUUGUGGUCUCGUACUCCAAGCUUCUAAGGGAAAUGCGCGCCAUCAGAAAAGAGCUUAAGGAGGUUUUGGGGACUGUGCGUGCUGUUCUGUCGCUUGUUGGCACGUCCUGCGGUGCAAAGCAUGUGUCUUCUAAGCCGCCUGGUUGCAGGUGCCUAGACAAUCCGGUAAAGACGUGCUUUGACGAAACGGCCUUGUCAGCAACAUACAAGAAGGCUCUGGAGAGCCGUGUAGUCUUGGCAGAGAGGAGAGAGGGUAGCCGCAGCAAAGAAAUGGGUUCUAAAAGGCAGGUUCGCAAGAGCUCGUUGGGGACAGCCGAUCACCAUCUUACCUUUUUCCAAGAAGUCGAGAGAGAUGUGUGCCAUGCACAAUGGGAGGAAGAUGGGUCUUGUUGGGCCCAGCCCCUGGUGUGA